AUGUCCUCCUACACCUACCCUGGCUCAGGCAGAUCAGUCCGAUCAAGAUCUCGACGAGGUUCCAGAGCAAGUGGCCGUCCUGCGGGUCCUUCGACUCGUGCAUCAACUUGUGUGGAAGACAUGAACGAAUAUGUGGUCGCGCUGUCACAGAGCAGAGGCAACGGAACAGAAGUUGGUAUCGCUGUACAUAGCUUGAGUACUGGUCAUACUGUAUUAACGCAGGUUGCCGACACCCCUUUCUUCCAGAAAACCCUUCAACACUUGACCCUUCAUCCUCCCUGCACUGUUCUGGUGCCCGAGAACCGCAAUCAAGCUGGAGAGAAUAUACCUUCUGGCACUCAAUUAAUCGAGGAAGUCGAAGAUUCUUUCGAGCUCGAAUGCGUUACCCUUCCCCGGGAAUACUGGAAUCGAGAGAAGGGUCACGAUGAUAUCCUUCGGCUCGCUGUGCGCAAUGAAGUCCAAACUUCAACCCUCAUGGCAGCUGAAGAAAAGUACUACGCAUUAUGCGCCAUUUCGGCUCUCUUCAAAUUCCUUGAAGUCCGACAAGGAUUGAAAUACCCUAAAGAAGCGUUGAAAAUUCGAUAUGCAAGCUCAGAAGGCACAAUGUUCAUCGACACUGAUACAGCCAAGAACUUGGAGUUGGUGAAGAACACAUUGACCAACACGACCAAAGACACCCUUUACGGCAUACUCAACAAAUGCUUCACCCCCAUGGGCUCUCGUCUGUUACGAGGGAACAUCCUUCAACCUAGUAACAUCCAACAUACGAUUGAAGGACGAUUGGAUGCCGUGCAAGAUGGUCUCAAGGCACUAGGCAGUACCGAUCUUGAUACGUUAAUACUUCAAGCUUCACGAAAGAGACAGGGAUCUGUCUCAGUAGUGGAGACGGAAGCUCGAAUCUCCAUUCUUCUGCAACUGCAAAAGUAUAUCCAAGGUACGAAAAGUAUACAAGAAGAAAUGACUUUGGGGAAGUGCAGAAUGCUCGUCGAGAUCCAGAAGGAAGAAGCUGACUGUGCAGAAUGCCUCACCACGGAUGGAAUCACCAAUUCCGCCAAGCGAAGGAAUCUCACAACUGCUCGACUCUAUGCCGUCAAGGCGGAGUUCAAUCAUCUACUGGAUGUAGCUAGAACCACUUUUAAGGAGAAUCUCGAUGAUAUCGAGCAUACGAUCCUGACCUCUAUGACAGAACGUCAUUCUCUACAUUGUACUCUUGAGCCGGUCGAGAACAAGUUCCGACUUGCGCUCAAACCUCAGGACGUGGAGGGUCGAGCCUUACCUGGAGAAUGUAUAAACGUGCAGAGGAAGAAGACUAAAAUAUCCUUCACCACCCAUGAACUGGUGGGCUUUACCGCUGCAGUGAUGCAAUUGCCAAGCUUGAUGUUCUCGCUUGUUUCGCUGAAUCGGCAUCUGGUGAGUGGUACGAAGUCGUAUGCAAAAGUGCGACCAAUGUUUGGCGAGACAAUUGCAAUCAAACUAAGUCGUCAUCCCAUUCUCGACAAAACACUUGGCCGUGACGAUUGUGUGCCCAAUGACAUCUAUGCCGCACAAGGCCAUGCCUCCUUUCAAUUGAUUCAAGGACCAAACAUGUCGGGCAAAAGCACCUUUCUUCGACAAGUCGGGCUACUCACAGUGCAGGCAAUGCUAGGUUGCUAUCGACUGUCAAAUGAUGACUCCCUCGACCGAAACUUGUCAACUUUCGCAUCCGAAAUGGCAACAUCAGCCAUGAUCUUAGGCUUAGCAACUCCCAACUCUCUAAUACUCAUUGAUGAGCUCGGUCGAGGAACUGCUCCCCUUGAAGGUCUUGAUCAAGUAUGGAUGGCUUACAUACAGUCUUUUGUCUUCUUCACGACCCACUUCCACGAUUUGGCAACGACUCUUGGAUCUAUGCGAGGGGUGGUUCGCAUGCACCUUCGAGUCCAAGACAACAGAGUGGAAGACGACAAUAACGCCUUUUCGACCACUUUUCAGUACAAAGUGGAGGAGGGUCCAGCUGUCAUCGAACACUACGGGUUGAAACUCGCAAAACUCGCUUCGUUACCUGCGGAUGUGCUCAAUCGUGCUAAGGAAGUAGCGAUGAGCUUGAGUGAGCUUGAGGCAAAAGGACGAGACUCGACCGCUUCUCACGCAAUGAUAAAACGUCGAAAACUCCUUCUGGAACGCAGAGAAGCCGAUAACGAGGAACUCGCCCAGACUUUGAGACACCUGCAACGAGAAAGUCUCGACGAGUUCACCAAGACCUUCCAAGCGGUCGCCUAA